GACGCCACACGAAUUAAAACGCGCUACCAUUCUUCCAGCAUCAGUCUUAAAGUAGAAUUCUAACAUGACCCACGUACACCCCACUGAGGAACCUUCCGCUUUCGAUACGAUCAUUGAACAGAUCGGGAAAGCGGGUAGGUUCCAGAAACGUUUCAAUUUCACCUUUAAUUUUUUCCUGGUUAUUGUUGCGGCCAUGCCACAUUUGAACCUGGUCAUCAGUUUGGCUACACCUAAUCACUGGUGUCAUGUACCAGGUCGUGAAACCACAAAUUAUUCUAUUGAAGAAUGGAAGAGCAUGACCCUACCAAAGGAGUAUGAUUCCAAAGGACAUCUUAGUUAUUCCAAGUGUAAACGUUAUGUAAACCCAUACCUGGACCUACCUGGUAAUGAUACAGAAGAUCUAGAGAUGGAUGUUACAAAUUGUGAUAGUGGUUGGGAAUAUGACCAUACCUGGUAUGAUCAAACAGCACCAAUGCAAAAUGAUUGGGUUUGUGAUAAUAACAUGGUCUCAGCUAAUACCUUAGCCCUUGGAAGGGCUGGGGAAGUAAUUGGGACUUUGAUUUUUGGUCAACUUGCGGAUAAUUAUGGAAGAAUGCCGGUGUUCUAUGCAACAGUUGUGACUUUAGUGAUUGGGAGAGCUAUGUCCGCCUUUACAUCACCCUGGGUCUCCGUUUUUAUUAUUUUCAGUAUGAUUGGGUCCCUACCUAGUACCUCAGUCUUCCAAGGACCACUUAUCAUAGCCAUGGAGAUCUCCCGAACUGAAGACCGUGCGUUGAUAAGUAUGAUGCAAUGUUUUGGUUGGAAUGCUGGUAUGGUCAUGAUGCCGCUCCUCAUGUGGUGGUUACGUGAUUGGGUACCAUUUAUGCUGGUGACGUCGCUCCCCUGCGCCAUUUUCUUACUGUCACGGCCAUGGAUGAUUGAGUCGCCGCGUUGGUUGGCAUCCAAAGGCAAGAUUAAGCGAUGUUAUCAGGAAUUGGAAAAGGUGGCGAAAACCAACAAAACUGAUAUGCCCAAUAAUACUGAAGCUGUACUCAAAAAGGCCUAUGAUGUAAAGGGUACAGAAAAGAACCAUACUAUCUUAGGGUUGUUCUCAAGUCCCCGAUUAGCAAAGAAUACUAUUAUGCUGGUGUGUUGCUGGUCUAUCCUUUUGAUGAUCUAUAUGUGUCUCACCAUCAAUGUGAACAACUUAGGUGGUAACCCUUUCUUGAAUUAUCUCUUUCAAGCUGUGGGAGAGUUACCUGCUUAUAUGAUUGGGAAAUAUGUGAGUGAUCAUUAUGGUAGGCGAUGGACGAGUAUCAUCAGUUUUAUUCUGACAUCCCUGGCAUGUGUCCCUAUUAUUUUUGUGAUUAAUGAUAUUGCAAGUCACUUGGUGAUAAACAGCCUGUGUAUCUUUCUAAAAUUCAGCGUAUCGCUGGCGUUUUACUCUGUCAAUUUACAAAGCAUGGAAAUCUACCCAACCUGUGUACGCCAGACUGGUAUCUCCGUGGGUGUUAUUUUCGGCAGUGGAUUUGGCGUCGUCUCACCAUACAUUGUCGCCUUGGGUACCUCGGUGAAUGCUAUGUUACCAUACCUGAUCUUCUCGGUAAGUUCCCUGGUAGCAGCCGUGUGUUGUCUUUUCUUACCGGAGACCUUUGGUCAUCAAUUACCGGAAACUCUGGAAGAUGCUUCCAACUUUGGCGCUGAUCAAAACAUAUGGGGUAGGUCAACAUCUCGCAAGUAUCCCCAGGAUGGAGCUGAUGUACCAUUGAAACAACCGAUUUAAUUAUGAAUAGACGUGGAGAAUAAUAACAUUGUAAUUGUUGUUA